CCUCGCUCCCAUCUCACACCACCUCUCCCUUCCUCCUCCUCCGCCUGACCGCUUCCAAAUCGCCUUCGAGCGCAGACACGAAUCACCUGCGGGAGGCACGAAUCGGUUCCAGUCAUGGCCGCCUCACGCGCGCUCCUCCCCAACCCGCACGCCAGCGCUAGCCCGGCGAGGGCGCGGGCCCGCCUCGCCGCCGCCGCCGCGCCGUCCUCGCUCACGUUCGCAGCGCGCAGCGGCGGGGCCCGCAUACGGUGCGCGACCCUAUCGUCGCCCGCGCCCGUGGUGUCUUCGGAGUCGCAUCGCUCGCAGCGGAUCUCGCGGGCCGGUUCGGACGGGGCGCUGCGGCCCAAGCCGGCCGUGCUGGUGGCCGAGAAGCUGAGCGAGGCCGGGCUGGCCGUGCUGCGGGAGUUCGCCGACGUGGAGUGCGCGUACGGCAUGUCCCCCGCGGAGCUCCUCGCGAAGGUGGCGCAGUUCGACGCGCUCAUCGUGCGGAGCGGUACCAAGGUGACGAGGGAGGUGCUGGAGGCCAGCCGCGGACGGCUGCGGGUGGUGGGCCGCGCGGGAGUCGGGAUCGACAACGUCGACCUCCAGGCGGCCACGGAGGUCGGGUGCCUCGUCGUCAACGCUCCCACGGCCAACACCGUCGCCGCCGCGGAGCAUGGCAUCGCGCUGCUCGCCUCCAUGGCGCGCAACGUCUCGCAGGCGGACGCCGCGCUCAAGGCCGGUAAAUGGCAAAGAAGCAAGUACGUGGGGGUUUCCCUGGUGGGAAAGACUCUUGCCAUCAUGGGCUUCGGGAAGGUAGGUUCAGAGGUAGCGAGGCGAGCGAAAGGACUCGGGAUGCAUGUGAUCGCUCAUGAUCCGUAUGCCCCUGCCGAUCGGGCCCGUGCCAUUGGGGCUGAACUGGUAUCUUUCGACGAGGCUAUAGCCAGAGCCGACUUCAUCUCCCUCCACAUGCCACUGAUACCGACAACAUCCAAGAUCUUCAACGAGGAGUCCUUUGCGAAGAUGAAGACCGGUGUUCGGAUCAUCAAUGUGGCCAGGGGUGGAGUGAUCGAUGAAGAUGCAUUAGUGAGGGCCCUUGACUCCGGCAAAGUUGCUCAGGCGGCUCUUGAUGUCUUCACCGUGGAACCCCCACCGAAGGACAGCAAGCUGGUGUUGCAUGAGAACGUGACUGUAACACCCCACCUUGGAGCAAGCACAGUGGAGGCCCAGGAAGGGGUCGCUAUCGAGAUAGCAGAAGCCGUGGUUGGUGCACUGAGAGGCGAGCUCGCAGCGACAGCCGUGAAUGCUCCCAUGGUCCCAGCUGAGGUUAUGUCAGAGCUUGCUCCAUAUGUUUCCCUUGCAGAGAAGCUCGGCAGGAUGGCUGUGCAGCUCGUCACUGGCGAUAGCGGCAUCAAGGGCGUGAAGGUGGUGUACACCACAGCCCGGGGCCCUGACGAUCUCGACACGAGGCUCCUCCGCGCGAUGGUCACCAAGGGCAUCGUGGAGCCCGUGUCCAGCACGUUCGUGAACCUGGUGAACGCGGACUACACGGCCAAGCAGCGCGGCCUCCGCAUCAUCGAGGAGCGAGUCUCCCACGACAGCCCCACCGCUGAGGCACCGCUGGAGUCCAUCCAGGUCCGCCUCUCGCAGGUGCAGUCCAAGUUUGCCGGCGCGAUCAGCGACGCCGGGGACAUCGUCCUCGAGGGCAGGGUCAAGUACGGCGUGCCGCACCUCACCCUCGUCGGGCCCUACGAGGUGGACGUCAGCCUGGAGGGCAACCUGAUCCUCUGCCGUCAGAUCGACCAGCCCGGGAUGAUCGGCAAGGUCGGGAACAUUCUGGGCCAGAGGAACGUGAACAUCAGCUUCAUGAGCGUCGGCCGUACUUUCCGCGGCAAGCAGGCGAUCAUGGCCAUCGGUGUCGACGAGGAGCCCGACAAGGAGACGCUUGAGAAGAUUGGGGCCAUUCCGGCGAUCGAGGAGUUCGUGUUCCUCGAGCUAUGAUGGAUAGCAAGUUGUUUGUAGAGUAAGUAGUACUGAACUUGGGCUUGACGCGUCUGAUUGCCACAGGGAGGUAAGGUGAUCCGUGGUCUGUCUCGGGGCUUUUACAUUUUUUACGCCAGAAGGACGUAUAUGUGAAGGGUGCCUACGCUUGGUCCCUGUUUAAAUAAGAAGGAUUCAUGUCAGUAUGUGUACAUAUGUGCGUGCUUGGUUCUAUAGAACAACAUCACUGUCUCUGUCUCCGUGAUCCAGACAUUUGUACCGUGUGAUGCAAUAAAUUGUGGUCGUACUUGGUUAUC